UCCGGGAGGUGACCCGGGACGGGCUCCGCCGCCGCCAGCAGCGCCGGCCUCGGGAGCACCGUCAGGUCUGGCCCGGCCCCCGCCCCUGCCCGGUAUGGCGGGGCCGCGGCGGGCCCGGCGCUCCGCCCGGGGUGGCGGCGGAGGGUGUUGCUGGGCGCUGCCCACGGGGCUGCUGUGCGCCUACGGCUUCUUCUGCAGCGUGCGGCCCUCGGAGCCCUUCCUCACCCGGUACCUGCUGUCGCCGUACAAAAACCUCUCCAGAACCCAGGUGUUCAACGAGAUUUACCCGGUGUGGACGUACUCCUACCUCGCACUGCUCUUCCCGGUGUUCCUGGCCACAGACUACCUGCGGUACAAGCCCGUGGUCCUGCUGCAGGGCCUGAGCCUCAUCGUCACCUGGUUCAUGCUGCUGUACGCCCAAGGACUACGAGCCGUCCAGUUCCUCGAGUUCUUCUACGGGAUGGGGACAGCCGCGGACAUCGCCUACUACUCCUACAUCUACAGUGUUGUCGAUGUCAAUCUGUACCAGAAGGUCACCAGCUACUGCCGGAGCGCCACCCUGAUAGGAUACACGGUGGGCUCGGUGUCCGGGCAGGUCCUGGUGUCGGUAGGGGGAUGGUCCCUUUUCAGCUUGAACGUGAUCUCCUUAACCAGCAUAUCAAUUGCGUUUGGCACAGCGUGGUUCCUGCCAAUGCCACAAAAAAGCCUUUUCUUUCACCACGUCCCCGGGCAGCAGCUCAGUUGUGAAAUGAAGGUCAUGGACUGUAAAAAUGGAUCAGCUGUCCAAGAUCACCCUGCUGUGCAGAGGGCACCUGGCUGGGAGGAUGAAUCACAAGUUCCCUUAAAUGGGGAGAGUCACACAGCAGAGAAGCAGUCUAUGCAGGAACAGAAAGUAGACAUCAUAAAGGUGCUCAAAGAUCUCUGGCGGGACUUCCUGCAGUGCUACUCCUCACGGACCAUGCUCUGCUGGUCUGUGUGGUGGGCAUUGUCCACCUGUGGCUACUUCCAGGUCAUCAACUACGCUCAGGGCCUGUGGGAGAUGGUGCUGCUGCCUUCUCAGAGCACAGACAUCUACAACGGUGCCGUGGAGGCAGCCUCAACACUGCUAGGAGCUGUUGCAGUGUUUGUUGUGGGUUACAUAAAGACAUCCUGGGCAACAUGGGGUGAAGUGGCACUCGCCCUGUUCUCCUUUCUUAUUGCUGCCACUGUGUACAUCAUGAACACCGUGGGGAACAUCUGGGUGUGCUACACAUCCUAUGUUGUCUUCAGAAUUAUCUACAUGAUGCUCAUCACAAUAGCAACGUUCCAGAUCGCUUCAAAUCUCAGUGUAGAACGGUAUGCCCUGGUGUUUGGGGUCAAUACUUUCAUUGCCUUAGCACUUCAGACACUGCUCACUUUGAUCGUUGUGGAUGCCAGUGGACUUGGGUUGGACAUUGUUCCCCAGUUUAUGAUUUAUGCCUCUUACUUCGCGGCCAUCUCGCUGGUGUUCUUGGGCAGUGGCAUAUACAGUGUUAUGAGAGCUUACAGAAGAAAAGAGCAAAUGCACAGCAGAUCUCCUGAAAGCCAGUAGUGCACCAAGUUGAGAUUCUUGGUGCCUACAUAUGAAGAUAUAGGUCUGUUUUUUGAUCUCUGCCCUUUCUUCCCAAGGCAGGCACCUUAACGGUAUUUGAUCCAUAUUCAUACUACAUUAGUAGCACAUUUUAGAAGGUAAAUGUACUAGCUCUUAUGUAAGUAAGAGCAGAUAUCUUCUUUCUAAAAUGCCUUUUGUUCUUCUGUUGCAUAUAUGAGAUGUGCAGCAGAGAACUGUAAGCUGUCUCAAAGAUUGAAAGCCUUAGGAGGUUUUGGGUUUAGGCUGCGUUGUUGAAAAGACAGCCUCACGAUUGUCUAGUCAGCUGCUGCUCUGUCACUGAGGUGCUGCUGCAGGGCACACAACAGACCUCUAUGUGAAGAGCCCCAGGCCUGGGACAGGAGGUGGCCUUAGGCUGAUGGCCCUGUGAAGCUGGAUGCUUGGUUUUAAGGACUACGACACUCAUGUUUAUGCAUAUGCACAUUUCCUUGAGUCACUUGUACUGUUUGCUGUUUCUGUCUGUCACCCCAGCUGCCAAAGUUUUACAGUAGUUGAUCAUGGUAAAGCAACAUUUCUGAUUCCCAAAAACCUGUGUCAUAGAGCAACAUGUAGCACUCAUGAAUUGGCUGUCAGCAGCACCACUUGUGCCAUGAAAGUCUGUGCUCAAGAGAUUGUAAACCUAGAGGGGAAGCUUACAGGGAGAUUGAGUAGACAAAAUGCCAAUUCAGGGGACCCUUGGACAUCUUUGCCUUUGUCCUUUAGGACUGCAGAUUCCUGGAGUCACUGCCUUGCAGCUCUAUAGAGGGCUGUGAUUGGCGAGCACUGAGGGUGGGGCACUGAGAUGGUGGAUAGCACUGAGAAGGAAGGUGACUUAACAGGCUUUUAAGCUGUUGUUUGUGACCUUGGAGAGUCAUGAGUCUGGUUACUAAGUAGACACUUUCAGUUAUGGUAGCUAGUACAAUGGCUGCCUGAGGCUUUGAAAAAAUGCUGGUUUCUGGUCUGUUAGUUUUCCCCCUUAUUUUAAAAUGCCUUUAUGCAUCUGGUGGGUCUCUUUCCACUAAUUUUGCCUCCUCUUCCCACCGAAGCAGAACAAUGAAUGUUUGGAGUGGGGUAGUUCUUUUAUUUUGUUGAAUCGUAAGAAAUUUGGCAUUUGCUUUAUAUCUGAGUUUUAAAAAUAAUUUCCUUUUUUCCAAAUUGCUUCAGCAAUGAGAAGUUGCACAGAGCUGUGCUAGUCUUGGACACCUGGAUCCUCAGGCACCAGGACCAUCACAGCAAUCUGUAGUAUGCUGUGGAAAUGGACUGUCCCUGUUGCUGUGCACGUUGUGUGAAGUGUACAGAACUGACAAUGGAGAAGAUGUAAUGCAGCAUGCUUCCCUCUGUGCCUUCUCUGUAUGUGUGGUUUAGAGCUUCUCCCAGCAGAGCCUGAAGCAGCAGCUAGGAUUCCUUGCUUGCUUCUAGUGUCAUAAAGACUUCACACUACUGGGGUUUGGAAGGCAUGUCUUCCCUUGGUGGGACAGGUGUAGCCUGUGUCAUCACCUAGGGAGUUUCAGCCUUUACCACACGAGGUGAAUAAUUAGUGUGUUUGGGAUGUUCUGUCUAGGGUCUGGGGAGCCCUUUCGGGCUGGUUGCUCAGGAGAACUCGCUCCCCAAAGCUUCUCUGUGUUUGCAGGCUGUCUUCUAAAGCAACCCCUUAAAAAGAGUCUUGGCUGUACUGGCAUGUGCACAUGUAGGUUUAACUGCCUUAUCCUGAAAUGGAAACUUGAAGCCACCCGUGUAUAUAUCCCUUUCUUUCCCCUUUUUUUGGUCAGGUGUUUUGAUUUGUUUUGGGGGUGUUUUUUAAACAAUAAAAUUUGAGGCCAUGAAAUGCUAGCUGAUGAGCUGUCCUGGGAAAGAGAUUGUGCCUAUCCUCUCCUUGGAGUUCCUUGGUCUGAUGGCAGUUGCAACAAGGCACGGGGAGCACUCAUGUUCAUACAGAACCGAUGUGUGAUAGGCUACAAACCAGUUAUUUAAAAGCAAGUGAAAAAAUAAUGAAUUAAAGUAACAAUAUUUUUUCUACCAAAGUAAUGAAACUGGCAACUGCAAUAGAGAGGCAUGCUGUGUCUUCAGACCUAAUAAUGUAUGGAAACCACACCUGGUAUGUUGUUCAGGUUCCAGUGCUGUUGCUGUGGUGAUGAGGUGACGGUAGAGCCUCACUGGAGCUGUGUGCAGAGUUACUGAUGCCUGUGAAAAUCUGUAAAUGUGUUGACAGUGCUGAUUGGUUUCUAAUUCAAUAGCUAUUUUUGUUAAAUAAAAAUGCUCUGAGA